AUGCAUACGAUAAAUCUUGACGACGGCAGCAACAAGAUAUCCGCCGAUUGUUCAAUCAAACUAAACGAAGCCAUUCGCUACAUUUCAAAAUCGAAAAAGACAACAGUAAUCACCGGUGCAGGGAUCCUGUGUAAUGCAGGAAUACCCGAUUUCCGAUCAGAAAAUGGGUUGUACAAUAUGAUUAAGCAUAAAUACCCAAAACAAAUUGUACGAGGACAGGAUUUAUUUGACAUCAAUUUGUUUCGUGAUGAAACGUCAUUGGAAAUAUUUUGUACUUUUAUGGAACGAUUGUAUCAUUAUAGUUUAUUAGCAAAACCAACGGAAUCUCAUAAAUUCAUUAAACAUUUGAAGGAUAAGGGGAAAUUGUUGCGAUGUUAUACGCAAAAUAUAGAUUCUUUGGAGCAAAAUGUUGCCUUGAAUUUGGGGAUCAAUCAGCAAGAUUUUGAAAGUGAACAAGCGCGGGCCGGAAGUUCUGUUGGUGGUAAAUUUCGUCAAUUUUGGAAUAAUUUGGAUGUGGUUCAAUUGCAUGGAAACUUGCACAAAUUAUCAUGUACCAAUUGUUUUGCCGAGUUUGAAUGGAAUAAUGAGUUUCAAUCGAUGUUUAAUCAAGGUGUCAAUCCGGAAUGUACAAAUUGUUACAACAAGUAUCAACAACGAUUAUACGAAGGGAAACGAAUGACUGGCCAUAUUGGUUUACUAAGACCAGAUAUCGUCUUGUAUGGUGAAAACCAUCGACAACUGGAAAUUCUAAGUCAAGGAUUAACCAAUGAUUUGAAAAGUAAACCGGACCUAUUAAUCAUUAUGGGUACAUCUUUAAAAGUUGAUGGUGUAAAGAAACUAGUCAAGAGUUUGAGUAAACAAAUUCAUGAACGUGGAGGUAAAGUUUUGUUUAUAAACAAGACAAGUUUAAAUAAAAUGUGGCAUCAAUAUGUUGAUUAUGAGAUCUUGUGUGAUUGUGAUCAAUUUAUACGUAUAUUGAAGGCAGAAAUACCUGAUUUAUUCUUGACUCAAGAACAAUUGGAUUCUAAAAAGUUGAAAAAUAAAGCUCAUGAAGAGAUUCCUGCGUUUACUGAUGCAUACAAGUUGAUCGUAAAACAGGAAAACGAUGAAGAUACUAAAAUGCAAACAAACGGCAAGAAUGUUCAAGUUAAAUUGGAAUCAGGAUCAGCUGCAGUGUGUUCGUCGUCAUCAUCUACAUCACCAGUACGAAUCAAACAAGAGGUUCAUAAUGAUAUCCCCACUCCACCUGAUACCCCGCCUAAAAAAAGAAAAAGAUCAACGAUGUCUACACAGAGGAAGCAACCGUCAUUGAAACGAGAACCAAAAGUGAAACUAGAAAAGAUUGAAGGGAAGAACAAUGAAGACGGAAGAAAAUUGAAACGAGCAAGAGAUUCUUCUUCCUCUUCCUCUUCUUCCUCCUCUUCUUCAACACCAAAUACAUCUGUUGCUGUAAGUGCUGUCGCAAAUGCUGCUUCGGCGUAUAGGACACCUCAUUCAUCAUUUGAUGGGUCAAUACCGUUGAGGCUGUAUUCGCUGCUGCGAUUGAAUCAAUGUUGA